ACAACGCUCUCAUCAACAGGCUCUGCUCUGCCAUCUUAACUGAACGUGAGGAGUGUACAAAUGAGUGGUACAUGUAAUAGUACUCAGAGCUCUGUUAACAUGGUUAGCGAAGGCAGUUGUUUUAAAUGGGCAAGAGAAAUAAACUGCAUUUGUUUUGUUGAAACAGUAUCAGGUCCAUCCAGAAUGCAGCAGUGAGGACCAGGAUUAAUGUCAUCCCUUUCUGUAAAUACAAACCUUCAAUACAUACUGAGAAAUUCACAGUAGUUGCAAAAAAAGCAUACUCCACCAUAUACUUACACAAGAAGCUGAAUAGACCUAGGCUGUUGCACGUUUUUAACUGCUGCCUAACAUGGAGCUCCUCUACCUUGUACCUUCCUCCGUCUCACAGCUGUUUUACAAGGCAGGCGUCCUUGUUGUUUUCAGCAUUAUUACUGCUUUCAUUUUUGACUUCAUGAAGAGGAAAAAGACUUGGACUAGGUACCCCACAGGACCAAGUGGUGUGCCUUUUUUUGGAAACUUGUUGCAAGUUGAUAUGAGCAAACCACAUCGGUCUUUUACCAAGCUGAGUAAACAGUAUGGCGGAAUUUAUAGUCUUCAGUUUGGGUGGAAAAACAUUGUGGUGUUAAAUGGCUUUAAAGCCAUUAAAGAAGCUCUUGUGAAGAAAUCAGAAGACUUUGCUGACCGGCCUAUAUUUCCGGCUUUUGAGCGUAUUGGGUUUUAUGGCACACAUGAGGGUAUUAUGUUUGCAAAAUAUGACAAAACAUUUAAGGAGCAAAGAAGGUUUGCACUUACAACUUUGCGAAAUUUGGGAAUGGGAAAGAGAUCCAUUGAAGAAAGAGUUGCUGAAGAGGCUAUAUACUUAAAUGCAGCAUUCCAAAUGGAGAAAGGUUCAUUUGAUCCUCACAGUCGAUUACUUAAUGGUGUGUCAAAUGUGAUCUGUUCUGUUGUCUUUGGGAAUCGAUUUGAUUAUAAGGAUUCGACCUUCAAGGAACUGGUAAAUCUCCUUCAAGAAGAACUCCAACAUGAAAGUGGAAUGACUUUUGAGUUGGGAAAUACAUUUCCCUGGAUUUACCACUUUCCUGGACCUCAUCAGAAACUGCUUCAAAUUCAUAAGAGAAUUCAUACCAUUCUAAGGACUUUUAUCGAGGCACACAAAGAAACCCGGGUACCAUGUGAAACACGGGAUUAUAUUGAUGCCUUCCUUGAAGAAAUAGAGAAGGUUAAAGAUGAAAACAGCAGCUUUAAUAUGACAAACUUGCUGCUGACAGCUUUCGACCUCUUUGCCGCAGGAGUAGAGACUACCACUACAACUUUACGUUGGGCAUUACUAUAUAUGCUUCUACGACCAGACAUUCAGAGUAAGGUGCAUGAAGAGAUUGACAGAGUAAUUGGGAAAGAGAAGCAUCCCAGACUUGAAGACCAUGUGAACCUGCCUUUUACAGAGGCUGUCAUCCAUGAAGUCCAGCGUUACAGUGAAACUGUUCCACUUACACUACCACAUAUGACAUACCGUGACACUGAGGUCAUGGAUUUCUUCAUUCCAAAGGGAACGACCAUCAUACCAAAUCUCUCCUCUGCCCUAAAGGAUGAAUCCUUUUGGAAGAAGCCUUAUGAAUUUUACCCAGAAAACUUCCUGAAUUCCAACGGACAGUUUGUUAAGCCUGAAGCCUUUAUACCCUUUUCAGCAGGUCGUCGAACAUGCUUGGGAGAACAGCUGGCAAAAGUGGAACUUUUCCUCUUUUUUACAUCCCUCAUGCAACGAUUCAACAUAAAACUCCCUAAGAAUGAGCCAUUACCAAAGGAGGAAGGCUACUUUCGCAUAUUUUGUACUCCUUACCCUUUCAAUAUUUGUGCUGAACUGAGAUAAGUUCUGAAAAAUGUACCUGUGGCUCUUGUUGAUGUUAGUUGCCUUUUAUAAAGCUUAAUCUGUAGUUAGAAGUCUCAGUAAUACUACAAAAGGUAUUAAAUGACAGCCAUAUUGUCCAGAUUAACUUUGACCAUAUCACACUAAAUGACAAUGUUAAAGAGUGAAUGGAACAGUAGUCCUUCAACAGUGCUGUGUUGUUUUAAGUUGCAGUUUUGUAACUUUAAUCUUGUUGUUUUAAGUUGCAUUUUUUUGUAAAUCUAACCUUUUAAAUAAUCAGUUUUUGAUGUUGACAGAAAAAAAUAGUAGCUCUGAACUGCAUGGUUAUUCUUAGAAGAUAUUGUAGAUUAUUUAUUUUAAAAUUGAAAAUGUGAAGAUAAACUACUACUCAGCCAAUGAAGGACAUGUUACUUAAUGAGACUUAUUUCUAAAUUUAGACAUGCUUUCAAUUUUAUUGUCUCUGCUGACUAACUUCAAGAGCCAUGACAUAAAAAAGCCAUGGCAAAUUAAUAUGUACAGCUUGUUUUAAUCAAAAUAAAUAUAAACUAUUUGAGAGCAAGAGGGCCAGCCAGUUUGAAGGAAUAUCUAGAUGCUAAGUUUCAGACAGCUAAUACAAAGAAUGUACUAUAUAAGAGAGAGACAGAGAGAUAGAGUGAAGAAGAAAGAGCGGGACGAAGCAAGCCUGAUGGGGAUCAGGAGCCAUUCUAAGAUAUGGAUGUGGUUAGCUGACUCGGUACACACACACAAAC